AUGGAGGAAGAUAUCGCCGAGUCCAAGGCAUUGAUUGCUCGACUACAAAGGGAAAAGGAAGAGGCCGAGGCAAAGGCCCAAGAACUUGCACAGGAGUUGGCCGAGACUGCAUCGGAACCUGCCGCUCCUGUCGUCGUUGGCGCGAAACGCACUCGAGAAGAAGCCACUCCACCGCCCACAUUCAACUUUGAUCGUCAGCUUGUGGAUACCUCGGAUCGUCAAAUUGUCAGGAGCCGCGCUGCGCAACAGGCAAAUCGACGUAGCGCAAUGUGGGGCGCCGUAGCCUUUGCUGUCGGACUGGGAGUGACGUCUGUCCUACCCAAUCUGUUCUUCUGA